AUGACGACUGUCAAUCAAUACCAGCGUAAUGGCAGAUCAGGCCGCCCAUCGGGGCGCAAUCCGCUCCGUACCGUCUGGCGCGAGACGUACGAGGUCUGGGAUGGGGUCUGCUACGGCGUAGGCAAGGCCUAUUUCAAGAUCACCGGCAGAUGGUGA